CGACAUAACCUUACAGCUUUUGCUCAUAGUUUAUUUCUACGCCUUCACUAUCAGGGAUUAGUGUGUAUAAUACCGUCGGUGACUAACGUACCCUUACGGCAGUAGUUAAUCCGAAUCCGAAACUAUUCACAGUACAGUCUCGAACUUGAACCUUCAAGAACUUGUUCGUUCGUUGUUUUGCCUUCUUAAGAACUCAUUUUUUUGUUUCUUAUGUUUUUACAGCCAAGCACAUUCUCGGAUUUUCUACAACGUAUUAAAGUUCUACUACCUCAUUUGCUUAUUAUCUGCCUUGACAGAAUUAUAUGGCAAUUCUUGAAGCCUAGAUCCUGUCUAACCCCGCGCCGCGCCAUACAAUAUCGAGGAAACUCAAUUUAUUUCAGUCCUGGAGAUUCAGCAUAGUGGUACCUUUAUCUGGAGAGACUGAAACACUCAACAGGAAGCUGAAUAUUCUCGAAUAUGAUUUCUGGGCGUGGUAGAGCGAGGAUUCGUGCCCCUCGGAGGGUAUGUAUUUCACUUCUUUUUUACUUCAACACUUCAUAACCUUUCUUUUGCGAACCAUACUACGUACGUAGUACAUCUACAAAUACAUUCACAUACAAUUUCGGAACUUCAUUUGUACACAGUUCAGUGUCGAGUAAUCAAAGAUGGCUCCUCCUCAAGCACUGCCAUUUGAUUCUGCGAUUGCGCAUGCCUUGAAAACAAGUCAGGUGGUAGUCCGCCCUGCAGCGUUUUUCCUUCAAUCGCAAACAUAUCUGACCCUUUCUUCGUUCUCCGCUGACUUUUUUGUUCUUUUACAAAUAGGCUUUCGGACGCGCGGGAGCACAAAAUGAAUUCGAUAUUCAAUGGGAUAUUUUACAAAAUGCUCUCCAAGAGAUUCACGAAAAGAAUGCCGGAACACUCUCUUUCGAACAACUUUAUCGAGCAUCUUACAAAAUCGUUUUGAAGAAAGAAGGGGAUCUACUUUAUGAUAGGGUCAAAGUUUUCGAGGAACAAUGGUUUGCGGGAAAAGUGAUGCCGGAUAUCAGGAAACUUAUUACUGCAAACUUGGUUAAUGUGGCUACCGGUGGUGUUUCUGGGACCGCGGCAAACGAACGGAGACUUACCGGCGAACAAUUUCUGGAAGGAUUGAAAGCUUCAUGGACAGAUCAUAAUGUUUGUAUGAGUAUGACAACAGAUGUACUCAUGUAUAUGGAUCGUGUGUAUUGUGGCGACAAUCGUAAGGCUUCCAUUUACACCACUGCCAUGGGCCUCUUCCGAGAUCAUAUUCUUCGUUCACCACUCCUAGAAAAUUCAAGCAUCAUCACUUUCGAUAUCCUGAAUUCGGUUAUAUUGGAUCAAAUUGGAAUGGAAAGAGAGGGAGAUGUCAUCAAUAGACAUUUAAUCCGUUCUGUUAUCUAUAUGCUAGAAGGUCUCUACGAAACCGAUGAGGAGAACGAGAGCGACAAAUUAUAUCUUACUGUUUUUGAACCAGCAUUUCUGGCGGCUAGCAGGAAGUUUUACCAAGCCGAAUGUCAAACAUUGCUGAGGGAUUCUCCUGCAAGUACUUGGCUACGUCAAACGAAAAGGCGCCUGGAUGAGGAAAGUGAUCGGUGUGAUACGACUAUUGCAAGUUCCACAAUCAAGAAAAUUCAAAAAGUUGUUGAGCAGGAAUUGAUCAGCAGUCAUCUGAAUGAGUUUCUUGCGAUGGAGGGAAGUGGAUUGCAGGCAAUGAUUGAAAAUGACCGAUUUGAUGAUUUGACCAUUUUAUAUCAACUCAUUAGCCGCAUAGAUCCAAGCAGAGAUCCUUUGAAGGUCGCACUACAAGCUCGUGUGGUACAACUAGGGUUGGAAAUCAAUAAAAUCAUCUCUAAUGGUGAUAUCGGUGGUACUACAGCAGAAGAUAACAAAGCUGAAGCAGAGGAGGAAGAUGCGGAAGGUUCGAAGAAGAAGGUCAAGCCAAUGAAUGCUGCUGCGAAGCAAACUCUUGCAGCCAUCAAGUGGGUUGAUGAGGUUUUACGAUUGAAGGAUAAGUUUGACAAUAUGUGGAGGACGUGUUUUAUGGAAGAUCUCAUCCUACAAACAGCUAUCACUAAAAGCUUUUCCGAUUUCAUUAAUCUGUUUGAUCGAUCUUCCGAAUUCGUCUCCUUGUUCAUCGAUGACAACCUUAAGCGUGGAAUCAAGGGCAAAACCGAGCUUGAAAUUGAUGAGGUUCUGGAUAAGGCCACUACUUUACUCCGAUAUAUUCAGGAUAAAGACAUGUUUGAGAGAUAUUACAAGAAACAUCUUGCAAAACGUCUACUACUCAACAAGUCUGAAAGCACCGACGUUGAGAAGCAAAUGAUUUCAAGGAUGAAACUAGAAAUUGGCAAUUCAUUUACGACAAAACUGGAGGGCAUGUUUAAGGACAUUACAAUGUCUGAGGAACUUAGUUCUAAUUAUCGCAAUCACAUCAAUAAUCUCGGAGAUAAAGAUAAGAAUCAAAUCGAGUUGUCUGCUAUUGUUCUCUCUACGAAUUGUUGGCCUACGGAAAUCAUCGGUGGUAUCCCAUCGCAAGAGGAAGGUCCUCGACAAUCUUGCAAUUGGCCUCCUCAAUUGCAAAAGUUGCAAGAUUCUUUCAAAGCAUUUUACCUCAAAGAUCGUAAUGGCCGAAUGUUAACCUGGUUAGGAAAUCUAGGUAAUGCUGAUAUUCGUUGUAAUUUUCCAGCCAUUCCAGGUGAGACGGGGCCGAAGGGCAGGGAGCGGAAGUACGAAUUGAAUGUCAAUACUCAUGGCAUGCUCAUUUUGAUGCUUUUCAAUGAUUUUCAGGGAGGACAAGAAUUGUCGUAUGAAGAAAUACAACAAAGUUUGAAUAUUACCGAUAAAGACUUACCUCGCGCUCUUAUGCAACUUUCUGGUCCACCAAAAUCUCGAGUUCUCCUUAAGAAACCUGGGAAACCUAACGAAUUACCUAAAAUGGGCGAUGUCUUCACAUUCAACAGCUCUUUCGUCAGCAAAACUGUCAAGAUUAAAGUUCAACCGAUCGGUGGACAAUCAAGCAAGGUUGAAGGAGCUGAUGAGAGAAGACAAACUGAGGAAAGAAAUGAUGAGCAUAGAGGAAGUGUCAUGGACACGGUAAUUGUGCGAAUUAUGAAGUAAGUUUUAAUUUGCCUAUCAUGACAUGAUGUUCUAUACUAACUAAGAAUAAUAGGGCACGCAAGGAAUGUCCUCAUCAACAACUCGUCGCUGAAGUCAUCUCUCAACUUUCACAACGCUUCCAGCCAAAUAUCAACAUGAUGAAACGAAGAAUAGAAAGUCUUAUUGAAAGAGAAUAUCUGGAAAGAAUUGAAGAAGCUAAUAUUCCAACAUACCGGUAUUUGGCUUGAUCUUUUCAGCUAUUCUUUCUAUCUGAAAUAUUUUGUAUGUCUCGCUGGAUGGAAUAUGUUUGCGGAAUGGAUUAAGGAUAUUUUCGGGAUAUUUUCUCUUUUCCUUUACAUUCGACUCGACUUGAUAUGUCAUUGCAUUGCUCGCGAAUGGUUUUUUCAACUGGAGCUAGGGUGUGGAAAAGGAAGGGUGUGGAAAAGGAAUGGCAUGGAUGGAUGAACAAAUGAAUGGCUUCACUGGCGUACUCUAGGGUGGGUAAUUAACAUCAGAUGAGAUUAAUUACAUGAUGAUAAUGAAGAAGUUUGACCGAAAAGGAAAACUAGGAAAGAUGAUGAGAGAGUUGAGAUGAAUUUUUGAGUUUAGAUGAAGAGUGAUAUACAAUGGCUACGGCUAGACUAGGGAAAUAGCUUGUAUAAGUAUUAAGAAAGUAAGAUUACAUGGAUUUUUCAUGUUCUUUGGAUGUAGGAGAUGAUAUAGCUAUCUAAGGUUAAAGUUUGUAGGUCGGUUUAGUGGUAAGGGGUAAGGGGUAAGGGGUCAGAGGAGUUUAGAUAUGAAUAGAAGCGAAGCGGGGAAAUGAAAGAGGAAACAGACGUGAGGGGC